AUGUCUAAUGAGGAUGAACAUCCAGAAUAUAGAGAAAAAUUAAGAGAACGUAUAGGCUAUUACGCUAAUACAAUACUUCCUAAGCCAGAACAAAUGAUUAAUUCGUCUUCGACAAAAUCCCCAAUAAUUCCACAAAGAGUACAAAAUAGUAUUGGACUAGCAUCUAACUUUAACCCUGAGAAAAAUAUUACAAUCUUGGAUUUUUGGUCAAUGGAACACGUGGAGAAUGUUCAAUUUCCCUCUCCUUGCAAGGAAUUUCCUUCAUCAGAGACAUCAAUUGCUCAGACUAUUUACUGUUAUACAUUAAUUGCACUCUGGCUUUUAUUGCUAGCAACAGCAUUGACCUAUCAACUGAGAAAAUUUAUAAAGGUUAAAGACAACGGCAAAGACAUUGAACUUGGAGAGAUUCAAAGAAAAGAUUCAAACCUCCACCUCUUUGACGAAAAUGGACACUUUACAAAUCGACAAAAUCUUAUUACACAACAGAACAACUAG